AAGAUGUCAGCCUCUCUACCCGCCCGUGUUUGGUAAUGUCGUUGGAUCAUGUGACAACGUAUGGGGAAGCGAGUGUGAAGUGGAAUGUGCUACUGGAUACUCCCUCGUUGGUCCGAGCCUAACUCAUUGUAACUACACAGGGCAACGCAUGCACUGGCAGAGAGAAACAACACCCUUUUGUGAUAUUGUUGGAUGUGACCCCCUGGACCUUCCACUGAACAUCAAUGUGUACCCUGCCACAUGCACCAGUAUGGAGAAGCUCUACUACGGGACAGAAUGCACCUUCUUCUGCCACAAUGGACUUACUUUAGAGGGCGCUGUACACUCAGUCUCCUGUGCCGCAGAUGGAGAGUGGGACUUAGAUGCUGGUGCAAUCGAUGUGACAUGCGUUGAUGAAGUAGCUCCAACGUUGACAUUCUGCCCUGGCCCCAUAUCAAUCAUCCGUACUGAAGUCUGGGGUGUAGAAGUGCCCUUUGACCUACCCAGAGCUCAGGAUAAUGCCGAUGGAGUCCUCUCUGUGACCACCUUGCCUGAAAAUCUGAUCUCCCCCUUUAACUUCACAGAGGAUGCUGUGGCUAGCUAUACGUUUUCAGAUUCAGCUGGCAACUCUGUGACAUGCUCUUUCUCUGUCUAUGUGCAAGAUGAAAUACCUCCUGUAGUAGUCUUCUGCCCUGCUGACAUCCAUGUCAACACCAGUGAGGUCUUGACCGAAGUCACCUGGGAAAUACCAGUCUUUGAGGAAGUUACUGGUGAUGACCUCCUCAUCACCAGUAACCAUGACAACCAUAUGGCAACAUUCCCAUGGGGAGAACAUGUUGUCAGCUAUCUAGCCUCAAAUACAGACAACGGAAAAACGGUUGGAUGUGACUUUUCUGUAUCAGUUGCACCUGUUACUUGCAAUGAGCUGAGAGCGCCUGGGAACGGAGCAUUGUCCUGUGACCAGUGGGCGUAUGGACGAUUCUGCAGCAUUUUCUGCAGUGACGACUAUGACAUCCCAAGGCUUCGGUCAUCCCGGCAGCCCCCUGAACAUUAUGUUUGUGGAGGGAGCGGCCUCUGGAGCCCUCAUGCCUAUGUACCAGAUUGCUCAGCUAUCAAGAGGCCAGGCCAGUGUAACCUUCCAAAUGAGCUUCUAUACUUCUCUGGAGCGUGUGGCACGCAGGACAACCUGAACCAAAUUGCAAAUGCCUUCUUGGGAGUCCUUCGGGGAACUGACUUCAGCAGUGUCUGCACCCAGUCUGACCAGUGCACUGCUAAUAAUGUCAAGGUCACAUGUGGACCAAACCUUGAGGUCAGACGAAGAGGCCGUAGAGAGAUUCCUCAAAGGAGACUCUUUAGAAGCAAGGGGAAAGUGGAUUCUGCAUUGCAGACGGAGGAGCAGGCAGAACACCGCCUGAAGCGACAGGCUGACAGUCCUUUCCUGGUGUCCAUUGAAUGGGACUUUGUGGUAAACAUCGAUCAAGACCCAAGCCUGGCUAACUUUGACGCUGCCAGAGCUGCCGAGGACAUCAUGGUGUCCAUGAAUGAUAUCCUUUACGAUCAGAUCAUAGAAGGAACCUUUCCUGAUUUCACAGAUGUUUCUGGAGCCAACAUCACCCUGGACGAGGAGUCACUGACAUACGACUAUGCAGAGGUCAUAUGCGAUGAUGGAUUCACAGCGGACAAUCAAGAUCUACAGUGUGUUCCUUGUAUCGUGGGGACCUUCUAUGACAACGUGACCCAGGUUUGCCAGGCCUGUCCCAGGGGAACCUACCAAGACUCUGAAGCACAGACAGCGUGUACCCCAUGUGAAGAGGGCAAGUGGACAGAAGAAGAAGGGUCAACCAAUGCUACACAGUGUUUAGGUGUCUGUGAGGUGGGCCAUUUCUCAUCCACUGGCGUAGCCCCAUGUCAGCGGUGUCCUAUUGGAUCUUACCAGUCUCUCCCUCUGAGCACUACGUGCCUUCAGUGCCCUAACGGAACCACCACAUUGGCUUCUGGAUGCAUUGAAAUGCAACAAUGUAUGGAGCCAUGCACACCCGGUGCCUUCUCCCUCUCUGGUGUUGAUCCUUGCAAUCCAUGUCCAUUGGGCUCCUAUCAAAGUCGUGCGCAACAGACGUCAUGUGACCUUUGCCCUGGACAACUCUCCACCAAUAGCAGCGGAGCACAAUCAGUGCAGGAGUGCACAGAUAUCAACGAAUGUGCAUCCGACCCCUGUCAGAAUGGUGCGACCUGUGUUGACCUCACAGGCAGCUUUCAAUGCAUAUGCGCUUCAGGCUUCAGUGGCAGAGACUGCGAGAUUGAUAUUGAUGACUGUGCACUCUACCAGCCGUGUCUACAUAAUGGGACCUGUGUAGAUCUUGUCAAUAGUUAUUCUUGUGUAUGUCUUCCUGGAUUUACAGGAGUGGAAUGCGAAGUAGCUUUUGACCUCUGCCAGACCUUGCCAUGUCAGAACAAUGCAACCUGCAUCAGCUCUGCGACACACUACGAAUGUCAGUGUUUACCAGGAUACCAUGGUAACGACUGCGACAUGGUGCUUAACCCGUGCUCCCCAAAUCCUUGCCUCAAUGCUGCUACCUGCAGUGUGUUGGAUGGGGAGGAUGGUGGUGGUUACGAGUGUGAUUGCGCUCCUGGAUUCUCUGGGUUGAACUGCUCCAGAGAUAUCAACGAGUGCCACAGCCAUCCCUGUCUGCAUGGAGGGACUUGUCAGGAUGUAGUCAAUGGAUUCCUUUGUUCUUGUAGCACUGGGUAUGAGGGUCCACAGUGUGAAGUGGAUAUUGACCUUUGCUCCAGUGACCCCUGCCUUAACAACGGAUCCUGCUUUGACCUCGUCGACACGUUUGAAUGCCUCUGCAAAGCUGGUUAUGCAGGACAGCUCUGUGAGCGACAGAGAAACGCAUGUGAUGAUGAUCCCUGUCUCAAUGGAGGAUCGUGUCAGGCUGGGACAGGAGAGGGCGUUUCUCAUAUCUAUACAUGUGAAUGUCAACCAGGGUUCAUAGGUCGGGACUGUGAGGUCAAUCGGGAUGACUGUGCAUCAAGUCCUUGCUCUAAUGGAGCCACCUGUCUGGACGAUGUGGAUGGGUUUACCUGUAAUUGUACUGAAGAGUUUACAGGCCCAACUUGCGAUGAUAAUACCGACCAGUGCUCCCGUAACCCAUGUGGGCCUAAUUCCACCUGUUUGGAGAAGGUCGGUGGUUACCAAUGUCUUUGCCCACCCGGCAGGACUGGGGAGGAGUGUCUGGAUGCGGUGGACCUCUGUGAUGGAGGUGGGCGGUGUUUGAAUGGAGGAACCUGCAUCAGCAGGGGAGAAACUUUCUCCUGCCAAUGUGUCCCUGGAUUCCAAGGGUCGCAAUGUGAAAUAGACAUUGAUGAGUGUGUAAGUGAGCCCUGUUUUCACGGAUCAACCUGCCUGGAUUUGAUAGGAAACUUCUCAUGUGUAUGCGCACUUGGAUUCUCUGGACCCACUUGUGAAGAAAACAUAGAUGAUUGUUUGUCAAGUCCCUGCAUCAACGGGACAUGUGAUGAUGGGAUUAACUCCUGGUCAUGUGACUGUUUUCAAGGAUACCAAGGUGAUGUUUGCAACAUCCCAGUUGAUUUCUGCCUGAGCGAACCCUGUUUAAACGAUGGUGUAUGCACCAGUCUUCAAACUGGUUUCACUUGCACUUGCCUUUCGGGUUUCACCGGUACCACAUGUGAAGUCAACAUUGAUGAGUGUUCUAGCUUCCCCUGUAUUCAAGGAUCCUGCCUUGAUCAUAUUGAUGGAUACAUGUGCCUCUGUGAUGAGGGCUUCAGUGGGAUCCACUGUGAGACCAACCAAGAUGAGUGUAUCAGUGCUCCGUGUCUGAACAACGGGACCUGCGCCGAUAGACCAAGGGGUUAUGCAUGUCAGUGUCCUGUAGGCUUCAAUGGAACAAACUGUGAGGUCGAUGUAGACGACUGUUUCAACAGCGAGUGUGAAAACAAUGCUACCUGUAUUGAUGAAGUUGCAGGCUACCACUGCCGAUGUCUUCCUGGCUACACAGGAAUCCAAUGCCAGCUCCGGGUGAUCCCUGCCUGCUCCUCCCAUCCCUGUACUAAUGGAGGCUCAUGCUUGGAGGAUGGUGAUAGGGGAUUCCGAUGCGCCUGUCUGGAAGGUUUCACAGGGGAAGCCUGUGAGAGGGAUGUGGAUGACUGUGUGAACAAUAGCUGUGAGAAUGAUGCUACUUGUUUAGACCAGGUCAGUGGCUAUAUCUGCCAAUGUCCACCAGGAUACAACGGAACAUAUUGUGAGAUGAAUAUUGAUGAUUGUACAUCAAUGCCAUGUUUGAACAAUGGUUCCUGCAUUGAUCAGGUGUCUGGCUUCGCAUGUCUGUGCUCUAAUGGAUACACUGGGGAAUUAUGUGAUACUGACAUAGAUGAAUGUGGCUCUAAUCCUUGUUUUAAUCGUGGUUCAUGUGAGGAUACCAUAGGUGGCUACAUCUGCCAGUGUGCUGCUGGCUUCAGAGGAUUGUAUUGUGAUGAGGCCAGUAUGGAGUGCGGGAGCGAUCCUUGCCUCAAUGGAGCGACUUGUGUGGAAGGGUUCACUCAGUUUGUCUGUGACUGCGCUCCUGGUUACACAGGAUUACUCUGUGAAACAGCUCUUCCUUCUGAUUUUGACCUCAUCUUCAACCCUGAAUCUGAAGUAGUACAUUUUGCUGAUGUUCAGUCAGGUGAUGUCAGUCACAUGACUAUCUCUGCCUGGAUACGCAUCUUGCACGCACCGCAAGAUUUUCACAUCUUUGCAUACAUCGUUGGAGAUGAGGAGUACUCACUCUCUAAUCCCUGCAGCCUCAAACUCUUAAGUAAAAGUACGUCAUACAAUGUAGGAUCCUCCCUGUGUGACAAUGCCUGGCAUCAUGUUAGUCUUCAAUGGACAUUUGAACCUGAAAUCAUCUGGAUCCUGUCUGUUGAUCAAGGAAACACUGUAUACAGGAAUAGAACCAUGCCAUCCUCUCGGGUUGUAGGACCAGGAUAUAUUGUGGUGGGCUCAGAUAACAUGGAACAGAAAGAUUAUGUCAUCAUGAGUGGUAUCAAUGUUUGGGCUUCUCGUCUGGAGGAGGAAAAGUUAGAGGAAAUAUCAUCUACUUGCAAGCCUGCCCUCUUUGGUGACAUUGUAUCAUGGACAGACGUGGUGUCAUCAGAAAACAUUACAUCCACUCAGAUAGAAUCCCCAUCCAUGUGUGACGCUGUUGACGAGUGCAUGUCGAACCCAUGUGCACAUGGAUCUUGUGAAAACAAACUGGAUGGUUUUCAUUGUGAGUGUGAAAGUGGCUAUAAGGGAGAACUGUGUACAGACACACAAGACUUGUGCAGCGAUGGACUAUGUAAGAACGCAGCCUCAUGUCAAACGGUAGAGGGAGCCCCAGAGUGUCUGUGCAGGGAAGGAUUCUCUGGGCAGUUCUGCGAAACUAGAAAAGUUGAUGGAGCCUGGUCCUACUGGUCCUUGUGGACAGAGUGCAGUUCCACCUGUGGAGGUGGUACCCGGUCCAGGACUAGGGACUGUACCAACCCAGCUCCACAGGGAGGAGGUCUGAACUGUACAGGGAAGGCUGAACAGGAUGGAAUAUGCAAUGCGUUUGAAUGCCCAGGCUGUCUCAGACUUAGAAGACCACUCAGGGGCUACCUCCACUGCGAGGAGCAUCCAGAGAUUACUAACUGCACCAUCAGCUGCCGUCAUGGUUAUGGUUUUGCUGAGAGGGCUAUGGAAUUCUACUUCUGUGGGAAGGAUACCAACUACCGAUGGAAUCACCAAACAGCAAAAAAUAGAAGGGCCAUAUUUCCUUCUUGUACAGAAGUCACCAAGAGCCAUGGGAUGACAGGAGUGUUGGACAUUGGUUAUCCUGGUGCUGUGUGUGUCACAGCUGGUGAUAAGGAGAGUCUAAGAAAAGCUGCCUACAGCUCAUUGAAUACACACUCUGAAGACAUCGACUGCCUGAGAGAGAAUUCAUGCAAAAUUCUUCAAAUCCAGGUGCAGAACUGCCAACUCUUGACCAACAAGCGCCGGUCAGUAGGGUCAGCAGGAGAGAUUGAAAUAAGCAUCACUGUCUCUCACAAUGACAGCAUUGAACAUCACUCUGUAGGAGCAGAUAAUACCACAGAAUUCGAGACCAUGGAACUUCUGGACAUUUUCUACUAUAACAUGAGCUCGCUUCUCAGGAAUGAUUCCUUGACCCUUGAGGUUGCUGACCAGGUCUUACACGGUGACCCGUCCUCCAUCACAGGAGAUAUUUGGGAGAACUGUCCAUCUGGUUACAUUGAUAGCACCGUCAAUGGAUUUUGUGUGCCGUGUGGGAUUGGCACUUACUGGGCACUUACGGAAGGCAACACCACAGAUUACGACUGCUACCCAUGUCCUCAGGAUACUUACCAGGAUGAAGAAGCCCAAGAUGAAUGCAUCCUCUGUCCUCCAGAGACGUUCACAGAUGACCUCCAUGCUUCUAACGUCACCCAGUGUAAAGUUCCUCCUCCUGUUCCUGUGUUUACUACAUUGCCUCCUACUCAUCAGCCAGACCAUUUCCCGCUUCCUCUCAUCAUCGCUACGGCAAUAGGAGUUGUCAUUCUCUUAGUCAUUAUCCUUGUCAUUGCUGCUUGGUGCAAACACCGACACCGAAACAAGACUGGAUCGGUUGCCACUCAAGAUAUCCAGCUGCUAAACCCAGCAACAGCCGGAACCAAAGGAACCUUUACCUACAACGCCUAUGAGGAACAAGGCACAAAGAACCAUGACUUCAUCUUUGGGGGUGAUGAUGUUUCCUCCUCUAAAGAAAAGUUGUCCAACAUUGACACCUUUGGGGUCUCUCUUUCGGAAUACCCAACCCUCAAGCUUGGCACAAACCUGGAGGAUGACUUGAAGGUUUAUCUUCCACCUCAAACACCAACUACGUUUGGAACCCAGGUACAAGCGGAGGAGAAAAUGUAACAUGUUUCUGUGAAGGAGAUUUAAGCUCCCUACAGACUUUGCUGUGUUUUGUACUCUGACAUGAAAGCUGUACAAAGUCUGACUACAGAUAAUUGAUACUUUCUGGGCACCCGACACUGUUUGACUAUGUAGGAUGUCAGUUAAGAAGCUGCAUACCAGAUUUAAUCGCAAACUUUGAUGCAGUGCCCAGGAAACUCUGUGUCACCAUGGGCCUUCAAAGAGGGGUAUGGAGAUGUCACCACCCCCCCCCCCAUUCAAGAUUCAGUGUCAGCAAGUCUGCAUAAUCUUUGACUUACCUUUCAAUAAGGUGUAGCGAUCACCCAUGCAUCACCUACGCUUUUUUGAUAUCAAGACAAGGAAAUCUUUCUUUCAUGAAUCGUGCUUGUAGAACUUUUGAAGUUUUGUAUGUAAAGGCCUUUUAUUUAAGGCAAUUAUGUGACAAAUCUUUGGCUCUUCUUACUGCCAGCAAAUAAGGUCUUACAACUUCUCUUUCAUUAUGGUCUAGCGAUGAUCCAUGAUUUAAUGUCAAGACAUAAAUAGAUUUCUGUCAUGAAUCAUGCCUGUCAAAUUUGGUAAUAGCCUGUUGAAAGUGGAUUAUAUACAAAUGGUUGUACAUUAUCAACCUACAAUAUAUAUAUAUAUAUAUAUAUAUACAAAAUAAUCUGAAUUAAUUUUUUUCUACUCAGAAUGUGACAAAGAAUAUUUAAAUCCUGUUUUGCAGUUUGUAGUUGAAUAUAAAUGCUUUCAAAUAACAACUUGCAUUUUUGUUAAAUGAUCGUACACUACUUUGACACACAAUUUAUUCAAAUAAUUUAAACACUUGGAAUCGGUUCAUGUUUAGAUCAGAAAUGUGACUUUAUUCACAUUUAAUUUGUCUGUCUGGAUUAAUUUUUGUUAACCUUUUUCGAUAGAUUGAAAGGUCGUUAUUUCAUCCAUAUGUUUGUCAAUCUGGCAUCUCUAAUGCAACACAUUAACUAUUCACAGGGGUGUUUAAUAUCUGCAUAAAUCACUUUGUUCUGCAUUGUUAAUAAAGAUAAUUUUAUAGGAAAUGUAA